AUGGAAGGCUCUGGUGAUAUUAUCGUAUUAAGGAAAUGUAUUGGAUCGAUGGCGGCAAAGUUUGACUGUGUUAAAAAAGAACUGGAUCCUGGAAGAUUGAAGGAACUAAAGCAUAUUGUCAGAACUAACGGGUCUGUUAUACCAGAACUUGUAAAUGUCCUGUUGGAGUUUGUACGUCGUGGAGAUUGUGAUUACCGUUUAGCCAUCGUACUGAUUUGUGACCAGUUAUUCCAACGUUCACAUGCAUUUCGUGUUCAGAUCACUAACUCAUUUCAGGAUUGGUUGAUUUACACAAUGGAAACUGACCCCAUCCAUUUUCCUCUUCCACCUCCUAAAGAAGCUGCGAACGACCUAAAAAUUGAAACUAUGAAGAUUGUAAGGACCUGGUACGAAAAGUUCGCUGCCGCUUAUCCGAAACUGUCGAGUGCCUAUUAUUUUUUGCGGUCCUCUAAAUCCUUUGAUUUUGAAAGAGCAGAUGCUCAGUUGCAAGUUGAACGGACAAGGGAAGAAGAAAAUGAACGAAGGAAACAGCAAAGGGCUUUACAUAUGGCUGAGGGAAUUGUGAAAGAGUAUUCUGAAAGGGCAGAGGAUAUUACACGUUGUUUGAGCGAGGUAAGGAAUGCAACAGAGUUGCUUAUGCCAAAGUUUGAGGAAGAUGAAGAGGACUUUAAUGAACCAGGUCCAUCUAACAGGACAACAUCUCAGAAAGCCCUUCAUGCGUAUAUGAAUACUGAUACAAUUUCGGUAGUUGUGCCAGUGGGAGGACCCAUGGUUGAAAUAAAUGAAACGAAUGAAUCAAUUGUUAAUUCGUUGUGGGAUAGUACGAAAAUGUUGCGGUUCUUCGAAAAACUAGUGGCGAAAUGGCUCCGCAAGCUUACGAAGUGCGGCGUGUCGUCUGGUGCUGAUAUUCUUGCAAAAGUGUUAGACUUGAAGUCACAAAUCGCAAUCGAGUUGCAAAGAUAUGAGGAACUGAAACUGCCAGACUUUUCCAAAAGAAAAAAAAGUGGAUCUGAUUCAGACAGUGACGAUUUUGAAGAUGUUCCUGAAAAGGAGGGCUUGGAAUUGGAUUUUAAACCCCCACCCGAUGACACUCUUGCUCCUCAUGAGAUAAACAGAAUAAAGCAGUUAGAAUUCGAAGAAGGUGGCGUUCCCAGUACAAAAGAAAACUCCAGCUCUUCAAGUAAUUUCACAGGUUGUGGCCCUUCUGCUGCCCCAGGUUCAACGGUACCAGUGCUCUCUUUUGGCUUAGACUUGAAGUAUUGGGGCGACAAGGAGGUUGUACCUGCUGAAGUACCACGAAAUAAUUCUGAUUGCCAUCGGUUUUGGCGGCCAUCUGAUGAAAGUGACACGGUUUCGAAUGAUAAUGUUGAAGUUUAUAAAUCACGUUUAAUAACAUUUGUUGGUAAAGAUGAAGGUGUGCAUCAUGAGUGCCGCGCACCAUUAUCUGACGGUAAACUGUGUCCGCGUCGUGACAAGUACAAAUGUCCUGUGCAUGGCAUUAUCAUUCCGCGCGAUGCAAUGGGAUUCCCAGUGGAGGAUUUGAAAUUACCAACUCCUACGAAAUUACCAUCAACGAGCGAAGAUAUUGAAUAUAUGCAAGAUUUGGAAAGUGCAGUUGGCGUCAGUCUUAGUGAGGGAUCCAGUAAAAGGUCAAAGGGAAAAAAGAAGACGAAACUAUCACCGAAAAAAAGAGAAAUAGGUGAAGGCGAGAAAGUUCGUAAGCGUCUCAGUACAAAACUUUUUAAUUCACGUUCGUUGAAACGUGUUUCUGAAACUCUAGAUGCGAUUCAGAAGGCUCGCGCUGCAAAGAAUUUUGAACAUCAGUUCAACUAUGCUCUUACACGGACCUAA